AUGAACUGGCGCUCAGAACGUAUAUGGAUAGAACUUAUAACGGGGUCUCGAAAAACAAGUAAUUUCUGCUGGGCCUGUAUCCUUCUUUUAGGUUCACUAGGGUUCUUAUUGGUUGGAACUUCUAGUUAUCUUGGUAGGAAUCUGAUAUCCUUAUUCCCGUCUCAGGAAAUCCUCUUUUUUCCACAAGGCAUCGUUAUGUCUUUCUAUGGGAUCGCGGGUCUGUUCAUUAGCUCCUAUUUAUGGUGCACAAUUUCGUGGAAUGUAGGUAGUGGUUAUGACCGAUUUGAUCGAAAAGAAGGAAUAGUGUGUAUUUUUCGUUGGGGAUUUCCUGGAAUAAAUCGUCGUAUCUUCCUUCGAUUCCUUAUGAGAGAUGUCCAGUCGAUUAGAAUCGAAAUUAAAGAGGGUCUUUUUCCUCGUCGUGUCCUUUAUAUGGAAAUCAGAGGUCAGGGAGCCAUUCCCUUGACUCGUACUGAUGAGAAUCUGACUCCACGAGAAAUUGAACAAAAAGCGGCGGAAUUGGCCUAUUUCUUGCGCGUACCAAUUGAAGUAUUUUGA